GAAUCUGGGCCCAUGUGUUGCUGUCCCUGAGCCAGCAGGAUGGCAUUGAGCAGCACAUGGACUUUGACAGCCGCUGCACCUUGCUGGAGCUGUUUGCUGAGAUCACAUCCUCUGCAGAGCCCUGCCUGUCCUUCGAGGGGAUUCACCUCCCACAGAUCCCUGGGAAGCAGCUGUUUGUCCUGGUGAAGCGCUACCUGUGUGUGACCUCUCUCCUGGACAAGCUGAGCAGCAGCGUGGAGCAGGGAGAGGAGCAGCAGGGCUGUGCUGUGCCCAGCCCCGUCCCUGAGCACAGGAGCCGUGUGAAGCAGGAGUUUGAGCUCAGCAUGGCCAUGGCCAACCUCAUCUCGGAGCUGGUGCACGCCAUGGGCUGGAGCCACAGGCACAGGCGGGACCCGCAGCCUCGCCCUGCCCGCUCCAUCUUCCAGCACAAGCCCCCGGCCAGCUCUGCUGCCCAAAAGCCUGUGUUGCCUUCAAAUCCUGCUCCUCAUGAGAAGCAGGGCUGUGCCUUCCUGAGUGCAUCAGACUUUGCAGACAGCAGUGACUACACGGAGUACUUGCGGGCACACCUGGUGCGCGGCAUGCGGGUGCGCCUGCUGGAGGACUGUGGUGACAUCAGAGCUGGGGAGGAAGGCGAGUUCCUCCAGAGCACCAAUAACAUGCACACAGUACAGGUUUUACGGCAGUCGACGGGUCGGACCUACUGGGUGCGGUGGCACAUCCUGGAGAUUGUUGGCUUUGGGGACCAGUGGGAAGAUCCUGCUGCUCAGGAAAAGGAAUCUAGUGUGAGAAAGAGCUUCAGUCUAGACACAGUUCCACAGGCAUUCCUGUGCAAGCCCUUGGGGGGGCUGUACUCCCUGCCUUACCUGGGCCAGCGGCUGCCCAAGGCUGCAGACACCCUGAGCCGUGCCGAGUGGUGGGAGCUGCUCUUCUUUGUGAGGAAGCUGGGAGCACAGGAGCAGGAAGAGAUCACCUGUCUCAUCCAGCAGCACCUGGGAGAGCAGGUAGGGAUCAGAGCCUGCAGCAGGGAAAUGGGAGGGAGGAGCAAAGGGAACAUUGGGGAAGGGAGCAGGCCCAGAGGAGAGGGCAGGUGUGAGCUGUGCAGGGCCAGCCUGGGCGGGGCAGAAAUGGGAGGCCCUGCCACAGUGGCUCUGUCCUGGGGGAUCUGUUCCAGCCCUGCCACAGUGGCUCUGUCCUGGGGAUCUGUGCCAGCCCUGCCACAGUGGCUCUGUCCUGGGGCCAGCAGGACGUGGCUGGCAGGGCUGGGGCAGGGAGGGGGGAUGGCUGGGCAGCCCCACGGUGUUUUUGUGUGCAGGGAGCUGAGCAUGCUUGUGGCCAGCGAGGACUCCAGCUACAUGCCCUCGAGGGUGGUGGUGCUGGGCGGGGACAGCCCUGCCACCAUCAGGACGGAGCUGAACGCGGUGACCAUCCUGCCCUCGGACAGCAGAGUGAUCCUGCUGGAGAACAUGACGCGCUUCUGGCCCGUCAUCCAGAUUCGGGUGAAGCGGUGCCAGCAGGGUGGCAUUGACACACGUGUGCGUGGCAUCGAGGUGCUGGGUCCCAAGCCCACCUUCUGGCCCAUCUUCAGGGAGCAGCUGUGCCGGCGGACGUUCCUGUCCUGCACUGCUCGGGCUCAUGCCUGGAGCCAGGAGAUCUGCCGAGACCGGGGCCGGCUGCUGCAGCUCUUUGGCAGACUGAACCGGGCGCUGCAGCACGAGCAGGGCUUUGCCAACUGUUUCCUUCCCGACGAGGAGGCAGCCCGGGCACUGGGCAGGACGUUCUGGGAGGCCCUGGUGACCCCCUUGGUGCAGAGCAUCACCAGCCCAGGCCCCGAUGGUGUCAGUGCCCUGGCCUGGCUGCUGAGCGAGUACCUGGAGAGCGCGGAGCUGCCCCGCCGUGCCCCGGGACGCAGGGCUGCCUUUGGUUCCUGUGUGCGGCGCCUGACCCAGCUCCUGGUGCACGUGGACCCCGGCGGCCCCGAGCCAGAGGAGACCAGAGCAGCUGGUGGGAAGGAGCGGAAGAACAAGAAGGUGUCGGCCAGGACUGCAAAGGUGGUGGUGGAGAAGUCGAGAGGCCUGUGGGGAAUCUCGCAGUGCUGGCGUGGCGUGGUGCAGCAGCAGGUGCAGCGGUUCCUGGAGGCGGCGGGGCAGGCGCCGGACCUUGCGGAGCGCUACUGCCGGCUGUACCAGCGCCUGCGCGGGGCCACCGAGGAGCUCUUUGGGCAGCAGGCUGCCUUCGUGCUGGCGCUGGGCCAGGGCUUUGCGGGGGCUUUGCUGCAGCUCUCCUUCCUCACCGCCCUGCACGUGAGUGAGCAGUUUGCCCGCUACCUUGAUGUGCAGAUCCAGGAGCUCCGCAGGGCUGUGGGCAGCACGGGGCCUCUGGAGCGGCUGGAGCAGUUCCUGGAGCCCUUUGUGGUCUUCAGUGGCCUGGAGUUUGCCCACACCUUUGAACACUUCUACAGGCACUACCUGGGGGACCGGCUCCUGACGCAAGGGCCAUCGUGGCUGGAAGGAGGCAUCGUGGAGCAGAUCGGGCUGUGCUUCCCCAGCCGCUUUCCCCAGGACAUGCUGAGCAACUUGGCCGAGUCGGAGGAGCUGCAGCGGCAGUUCAGCCUCUUCCAGCUGCAGGAGCAGGACAAGCGGCUGCUGGAGCUGGACACGGGCCUGGACGAGGUGCUGGGCACAGCCACGGGGGCAGAGGUGCCAGAGGUGAAGGUGCUGGCCCUGUCCCCGCGCUGCUGGCCCGUGUCCCCUCUCUGUUACAUGGAGAGCCCUGGGAGGUUUUUCCCGGCGCUGCUGAGCUCCCCCCUGGAUGAGUUUGCUGACUUCUGCCGGCAGAUGCUGCCCCAGCAGAGGUACCUGCGCACAGAGGGGGCCGAGGUGAGCGCCCUGGAGAGGAAGAGGAACGUCCUGUGCUGCCUCAUCACCCGCAUCCUCAAGGGGGAGAAGCAGCUGCACAUCGACAGCCUGGUGUUCAGGGUGAUCGACGCCUGUCAGAAGGGAGAGCUGGGCCCAGGGGUGCAGUUCCUGAGCUUCUGCUGCCACAGCGUGGACGUGCUGUCCUGCAUCCUGCACCUGCUGAACCAGGGCUACCUGCGGCGCCAGGAGGGGAGGCCUCACAUCUUGGAAUACAUCUCUGCUGAGUCCACAACACCUCUUGGUGGCCAAGCACAGAUGACUUUCCGGUGCAGGCCAGCCCAGGAAUCUGUGGAGAAGGAUGGCAGAGACAGCCUGCACUGGCGGGAUCCUGGCACAGACAGGGCGGAGGAAUAUCUCAUGGCAAUGCUGCAGGUGCCAAUGGGCCACACGCUCAGUCCAGAGGAGGCAAAGCUGCUCAUGAACCAGACAGUACAGCAGGUCCAGGACACUCUGAGCAUACCAGAUGAUGUUGCUCGGCACCUGCUCAUGCACUGCAGGUGGAAUGUGGAUUUCCUGAUCCAGUGCUAUGUGGAGAACCGUGAGGGCCUGCUCAUCUCCUCAGGACUGCAAGUGCAGGAUGUCCAGCCUCCCCCAAGCCCUGGAACCCACUGCCCAGUCUGUGUGAACCAGCUGUGUCCCACUGAGAAGCCACCAACCCUUUGCUGCAUGCACUACUGUUGCAAGCCCUGCUGGAGGGAAUAUCUCACAACUCGCAUUGAGCAGAACAUGGUGGUCAACUGCACCUGCCCCAUAUCCGAGUGCCGAGCUCAGCCCACCACAGCCUUCAUCUACUCCAUCGUGUCCUCUGAGGAGAUCAUAGCCAAGUAUGAAAAAGCCCUCCUCAGACGCUAUGUUGAGUGUUGCUCCAACCUGACAUGGUGCACCAACCCUCAGGGCUGUGAUCAGAUCCUCCUUAAGGAUGGACUGGGUUAUGGAGCAGCCUGUUCCAAGUGCUCCUGGAUAUCCUGCUUCAACUGCAGCUUCCCAGAGGCCCAUUAUCCUGCCAGCUGCAGCCACAUGUCUCGGUGGGUGGAUGAUGAUGGAUACUAUGAGGGAAUGACAAGUGAAGCCCAAAGCAAGCACCUGGCUAAGCUCAUUUCAAAGCACUGCCCAAACUGCCAGGCUCAGAUAGAGAAAAAUGAGGGGUGCCUGCAUAUGACAUGUGCAAAGUGUAAUCAUGGCUUCUGCUGGCGCUGCCUCAAGCCCUGGAGGCCGAACCACAAGGAUUAUUACAACUGCUCUGCUAUGGUGAGUAAAGCAGCUUGGCAGGAGAAGCGUUUCCAGGAUUACAAUGAGAGAUGCACCUUUCAUCACCAUGCAAGGGAAUUUGCUGUAAGUCUGAGGAACAGCAUUUCUUCCAUCAGAGAGAUGCCAAAAAUUAGGAACUUGACCUUUGUUCUUGAUGCCUGCAAAGUGCUAGAACAGGCACGGAAGGUGCUGGCCUACUCCUGUGUGUACAGCUACUAUAACCAGGACACUGAGAGCAUGGAUAUUGUGGAACAGCAGACUGAGAGCCUGGAGCUGCUCACUAAUGCUCUGCAGAUCCUUCUGGAGGAAACCCUGCUGCAGUACCAGGACCUGGCCACUUCCCUUCAGCUGCUGAAAGCAGAGCACUUCCACACGGGUUUGGAGUUGGUGCGGCAGAUCAGGGAGCGGCUCUUUGCAAUCCUCUGGCACUCCACACAGGAUUUCCAUGUUGGGCUCCAGACUUCAGGAGAUGCUGUUCAGAGAAAGUUGAAACUUGCAAAUGUGCCUGCUUCAGCCCUUGCAUGUACAGGGCAAAAGCGGAUCCUCCUGUGUGACUCUCCCAACACAGAUGAAGGUGGCAAGGAUGUUGAGGAUGAGGACUACGAUCCACAGUGGCAGGAAGACUAUGAUGAUGAUGAUGAUGACCUUGAUGAAGACAACUUUAUGAUUGAUAACGAUUCAGAUUGUGAUUCUUACUUUGAUGACAAUGACAGCUAUCGUAGCUAACACUGGAAGGGUUCUGUCACCCAGCCUUGCCACCUUGGACCUCUGCCUCUACUUUUUCUCAACCAGUUUGUGUUACUGUUUUUCCUCAAAGGCAGGGAGGAGCUCUCAGAUAGAACAAAAUAUUUCCUCUGGGAGGUUUCUUGCUCAGUGACACUUAAAUGUGCAGGAACAUGCUCUGGGUCUGUGUUACUGUGGCCACCUCUCAGAAAGACAUCUCCUUGCUUCUUUCUCUUGUCUCCAGUUCUGCCUGUAGGUAUUUCAUUGAGUUAGAGAGCCCACCUGCAGAGUAAGGACCACGUGCCACCUGUUAAAGAGCUGCUCCUUGUCCUUGGUAUGCUGUCCCCAAGGGCUGGGCACUGGGGAGGUGGCACAUGUCCCAGCACAGCACUGUCUAGCAAUGGCCAGUGUCUAGAAAUGCUGUAAAAAGAUGCAUUUACACUCAAAGCUUCCCAGCUGGAGCUGGUGGGAUUCUCUCCAGCCACAGAUGGAUGUGGUUCAGUUCCUCUGGUUGAGAGGAGCUGCAUUUUUGCCCUUUGUUGGAGUUUUCUUCUCUGUUAUGAAGCAGGAAUGGCCACUAUGAGUGACACAAGUUUGCGGGAUUGUUUAAGUUUAUAAAUAUAUGCACACACAUAUAUUUUAUAUACAUAUAUAUAUAUAUGCAGAGGUUGUUCAGAUAAUAAUGUAUCUUUGCAAAAAAAGGAAAACUCUGAGGAACAAGGGUUGAAAAAAGUUCUGUUUAAAAAAAUAAACAGUUUUCUUCUA